ACCUGAAGAAACUCUCCUCGUAUUGGCACAGACGGGAUGCAGACCACGAAAACAUGCCCUCCCUCCCUCGUCUCCGCUCCAUCGCCGAGCACAAUGUCAAAACCCUCCGACAAGCUCCCCUCGCAGAGCUGUCCGGUGCUCUGGGAGACCUAGGCACCCUCCUGCCACUGAUGAUAGCCAUGACUCUGAACAAUUCCAUCGAUCUCAGCAGUACGCUGGUCUUCUCCGGUCUGGCAAACAUCGCCACCGGCGCAGUCUACGGCAUCCCACUCCCCGUGCAGCCCAUGAAAGCCAUCGCGGCCGUGGCGAUUGCGCAGAAUCUAAGCAAAGACGAAGUGGCAGCUGCGGGACUCGCGAUGGGUGGUGCUGUGCUUCUGCUCAGCGUGACGGGCUCGUUGAAGUGGCUGCAUCGAGUUGUGCCUGUUGCUGUUGUCAAAGGUAUUCAAGUCGGAGCUGGGUUGAGUCUUGUGAUCAGUGCGGGUGCGAAUCUGAUCAAGCCUCUGGGAUGGGUGCAUCCCGCGUGGGAUAAUCGGAUAUGGGCGGUGGGCGCAUUUGUGUUUUUGCUGCUUUCUACUCUACUACCUCGGGUUCCCUACGCUCUGAUUGUGUUCGUGCUCGGCCUUGCCAUAGCCGCUGCAACGACCUCUGAAAAAUCGCCAGCCUCAAUCUGGACGCCACACUUCGCCGUUCCAUCGCAGCAGAGCUGGAAGACUGGCGUCCUCGACGCCGCUAUCCCGCAGCUGCCGUUGACGACUCUGAACAGCGUCCUUGCUGUUGUCUCGCUUGCUGAAAGCCUGUUUCCCGACCACCCUCCGACACCAAGCACGACUUCGAUCGGACUGUCGGUAGCCAUGGCGAAUCUGGUAGGAUGCUGGUUCAACGCCAUGCCCAUCUGUCAUGGCUCCGGUGGUUUGGCUGGGCAAUAUCGAUUCGGAGCUCGCAGCGGGUCGAGCAUUAUCAUUUUGGGCGUGGUCAAAUUUCUGCUUGGUCUUUUCGUUGGUGAUGGCAUUGUACCGCUGCUGCAACGCUUUCCAAAGUCAUUGCUGGGCAUCAUGGUUAUCGCUGCUGGUGUGGAAUUGAGCAGAGUAGGUCAGAGCGUGGGUGAAGCAAGGGAUCUGUGGGAGCAAGUGGGAGAGGAGAAUGAUGAAAAUAUCACGUAUACGAAGAGAUCGCUGCAGGCAACGAGUGAAGAAAGUAGAAACAGGUGGAUGGUGAUGCUUGUUACAGUGGCUGGCUGUUUGGCGUUCAAAAAUGAUGCUGUGGGCUUCGCUGCUGGUUUGUGUUGGCAUUGGGGUUUGAAAGUGCCGGGCGUGCUUCAUCGAAUGCGGUAUGGUCGCGGUCGGAUAAUGCUGAGGGAUGGAGAUGAUGCUCCCCAUGGCCAUGUUCCCAGGGAGGCUUGA